AUGCGUCCUCCAUCGUAUUCUUCCUCUAGCAGCAGCAGCGACAGCCUGUCGGGGCCUGACAGUGACUUGUCUUCUGAAGGCUGGUCGGAUAGCGAGCUUGAAGUCAGUGAUCAUGAGCAGGAAAGCCCGGCCGUGUGCUGCAUUUGCGACUAUUCUACCGAAGGCCCUGUGACCGAGGUAUGGGACCACAUGCGGACCCUCCACAACGUUAAUCACGAUGACCAGUUCGAUGUAGCGGACGAUUAUAUCCGUAUGAAACUCGUCAACUUCAUGCGUAAAAACGGCCGGCAGCCAUCGACCGUCGCCGAGCUGGAUUCGGACCAGUGGCUUCAGCCGGUGAUGGAGGAGGACCGACUGCUUUUCGAGGAGGUAGAGGUUGACGACGUCCUGGCCUCUCACGAGAACUCCCCUAAUGCGGCCAACCAAUUGGGCGUCUCUGCGGACCCUAGUCAGCUGAGUCGAGAUCAGCUCCUUGCAGAGAACGCCUUCCUUAGAGCUCAAGUAGAGGACAUGAGGCGACUACUGGCUGAUGACGAUGAGGAGGACGGUGGUGGUGGUCGGCGUAAGGGGGCCGGCCGGCAUUACACUGGGAAGAGCUACAAUGGGGAGGCUGUGUAUAGCAACGGGCCUCUGGGGCUGAGGGAUGUCCCAUUGAAGCAGUGUGUGAUGGCGAUAGGAGAGGACACCGUCACACCUGGCUUGGAGUCGGCUACAUGUUGGAAGUACAAGGCAUAUUCGCUGUACCGCACUGACCAGAGUACCGGUCGGCCCUGCCUUUUGAGAGAGGCUAGGAUUUUGGCAGGGGCUCCUCAAGACGAGGCUGUGACCAGCUUUGAUGUCUCUAAGGACUUGACGGUCCUAGCAGUGGGCACGUCACUUGGGAAUGUGUAUGUUUACCGCAGCAGGGAUCUUCUGACUGAACGUAGCUGCAAGUUGCGAGCUAUCAUGGAUCGGCAGAAUGGUGAGGGGAAGGGUCUCGAGAACCGUCCACAGCUGUCUAACGGGGCUGACCACAAGCAGCCCCAGACGGUUCAAAGCUACUACCUCUUCGUGGUAUAUGAUGAUGGAGCGGUAGUGAGCUAUUCUAUUGAAGGCAUCGAUGGUGCUGUUACCCUCUUGGAGGUGGACCCUAGCUGCUGUAUAGAGGAAGAGACUGGUAGUGAGGAGUUGAUGCCCACUAGAGGGUGUGCUAUCUUCCCUAGUAUGGAGGCACUAUUGGUGCUCAGUUCAAAGGGAGCUGUCUUUGGUUUUGACCCUAAACAGGGCAACAUUGCGGCGGUGCCUGUUGGUGAUGAGGGAGGCAGCGACUGGCACCCUACAGGCCUCUACUCCUCGCGAUCCUACUUCAUACUCACCACAAAGCAGGUUCGGCGGAGACGCUCUAGUGAUAUAGCGGAUCCUAUAUUGGCUGGGCAAAAGGGUGAGGGUAAAGCUGUCGCUGGGCAUCGGCAAGGCGGCCCUGUGAAGUGCGGCGUUACAGUAGUGUUGAUGUAUCCCAACGCUAAUGUGCGUUUUAUAGCUUUUCAAGGUGUCUUUAGCGAUUUCGCACCAGAGUCUGGGAUAGUUGCCGUAGUACCGGCCUUCGACCACUCCCUGCUGGUCGUAGGCAAUAACGCGUCUACUGGUACCCCCUGUGUAUAUUCCCUGCAUGAGAAGGCCACUACGGAGGAGGUCUCGAUGCUGCAACAGAAGGGGAUGUAUGAGUGGGCAGUGGAGAUUGCGACUCGGGAGGGCCUACCUGUCAACCCUUACCUAACGCAGCUGUAUACCAAGUAUGGUUUAAAUCUGCUUGAGAAGAACCAAGUGGAUGAUGCGCUGAGAGUAUUCAUCAAGGCGGCAGCUGGCCUUCGUCUACCCGUACAGACGAGCACUGUUAUAGAAGCAUUCAGAGUGCGUCAUCGAGUGCCGGCUAUUGCGACGUUUUUAUUACGUCUACAUGAAGCUGAAGUGGUUAAGAAGGGCCCUGAUGGACGCCAGUUGAGGCCGAUAAUGCUGUAUAAGGAGCAUACGUAUAUGCUGAUGAAGUGCCUGUGUCGGCUUGGAGACUACCGUAGCUUGGAGAGACUGGUGGACCUGUUGACUAGGAAGGACUGUGACAUCCCGCUGGACGUCACAACGGCUAUCGGCAUUCUUCUCAGUGGCGGAUAUGUUGGGACGUGUCUUGAGGCGGAUGAUGGAGAUAGCAAAAGAACCAAGGCUAUCGAGUAUUUGAAGGAGUUGAUAGGGCGUGGCCAAGAUGCUGCGGUCAUAUCUGUUCUGACUUCCUCACGGGGCAUCGGUCGGUCAUUGAUGCACGUGAAUGCAGAGGGGAUGAUACCGCUGCUUGAGACGUUGCUAGAGCGGCAUUCUGUGCUGGAAGAUGAGAAAACUCCGUCGGGGACAGAGCCUACAGCAGCUGACAGUGCUGGUCCAGACAGUCUGAGUUCUCCCAUCGAGGCAACUUUAUCACAACUUCUACUCCCCAGUGAGGCAUGUGCGAAUAUGUUGUUGCGGCAUUUGAGUAGGAAGUCUCGGUCUUCGAGCGCUAAUGGUUCUUCCCUCUUGCCGGCUCUUUGUUUGGAGUUGUGCCUUACCUGUGGUCUCCAUCGGAAAGACGAGGCGACUCGGUUGCACAUGAAGGACACGCUGUUCGAUCGGAAUCUGGGCAGCAAAGCUGAGAUGAUGGCAGGGACAUGUUUUCAGUUCGCAUGGCCAGAGGGUGUUAUCGCUCUCAUUGAGUCUUCCUAUAUUCAGUCCGAGGAUGCUCGAGCCUUGGCCCGGACACUAUUCGAUGCCACAGAUGCUUCGGAGCUAGCACCGAGCUCAUACGUGGAAAUUUGUGAGGCCGUGAGCAAAGGUGUUGCUGGCGAGAAGAAUAGUGGCAAGCCCGACUCGUCCACUGGAAGGUUGUGGCUGCAAGCUCUUCGGAAGCUCCGGCAGAGGCCGGUUGGGUCAUCUCGUGACCGAAAGGAGGCUCUGCAAGCGAUGAACGAAAUAGUUGGCAUGCUCAGUCGAUGCUGUUCUGGGUCGGCUUCAGUGACGGCGGAGGUGCUGGAUGCGCUGGCUGUGGACCCAGCUGUGGAAGAGGAUUCUGGCACGAUGGUGGAGAUGGGCACUCUUAAGCCGAUGAUGAGGUCACUCCUGAAGACCAGUGGUGAUAAGUGCUCGACGUCGCUGGAUAACCUCAAACAGGAUAAGCAGGAGCUUGAGCAUAUGCGUCAAGAGGUCGAAAGUCUGCGGACAACGGCUCGAGUGUUCAACGGUGGGGAGGGUAGCGGGUCUCCCAAGUGCGCGGAAUGCGGGCAACGAUUGGACAUGCCAGCGAUUCAUUUCAUGUGUAUGCAUUCCUUCCACCAGCUUUGCCUGUCGACCAGUGGCGAGUCGCCUCACAGUGCAGACGACGAUGGCUAUAAGUGUCCAUUGUGUCAACCGGAUGCUCUAUACAAGGAUAGCAUGAGGAAAGAACGGGAAGAUUCCAUACAGGAUGCAGAGAGCCUUUCGACCUUAUACAAAGCUAUCGGCGCGUCUUCUAAUGAUUUUUCGAUUAUCGCUGACUACUUGGGUCGAAGCCUCUUCCAUUCUACUACCACAUCAUAA